AUGCGCAUCCCAUGGUCCCUGCUCACAGCAGCAACGCUGCUCACGCCCAGCGCGUUGGGCACCCGCACCGGCCCCAGCAGUAAAUCCAAGAACAGCACGCAAUACAGCGUCCAAGAGCUCUGGACCCUGGAAAAGACCUUCUGGGACAACUUCCUCUACCCGGCCAACCUGGCGCAGACGAAAGCCAUCAACUCGACCCUCUUCGCCCCCGACAUCCAAGGCCGCGUCGACAUAACCCGAGUCUUCAACGGCUCGACCCUAAACACCGAAUACCUGUUCGGCCUCUUCAGCGACCCGACCCAUUUAAGUCUCGUCGGCGUCCCCGUCUCCUACAGCAUCACGCAAUUCACCGCGGCCCCAAACACAAACCUCGCCUCCGCAACCACAGUGGUAACAUUCAACGCGACCUCCUUCGGCAACCUGCUCCUCCCGGUCACAAUCGACACAUGGAUCAUGUGGAACGCCGCGGGGCAGAUCGAGCAGUACGACGCCACGUUCCGAUGGUUCGGGUUCCUGGUGGACACGCUCGUCGGGGCGCUGGCGCAGCAGAUCAACGGCACGGCGACCGAAGCCACAGCGUACCUGACGCAGCUCCUGGCGAACCAGAUCUGCGAGACGCAUGACAGUUACUGCACGGGCGCGAAUCAGCAGUAUGCUGACAAGGCAACAUGCUAUGCGUUUUUGACGCAGAGCAUCCCCCUGGGGAAGGAUUACGAGCUCGGGAGGAAUACCCUGCUGUGUCGCGAGGUGCACGAGCAUAUGGUGCAGUAUGAUCCCACCGUUCACUGUCCGCAUAUUGGGCCCACGGGGGGAGAGUAUUGUGUCAAUGACCAGACAUACUCGCAAAAGGUGCUGCAGAAGUAUUUCCGGAAGUCGUGGUUGAUCCCCGAGGUGGGCGGGGAGGGGCAGGAUGUUUGGUUGUAG